CAUCACCACGACCCUCACCAUCUCCCUCUUCUUUACCAGUCACUUCAACUCUGUCACUAUACUCCUCGACGAUCAACAUGACGGAUCCCAAACCAAAGUCUCCCUCCAUCCCGCAAUGGCAGCAACCUAGUGAUGCGGCUUCCAACACCUCCACUUCGGCGCAGAACUCCGAACCACGAUCAGCUCUCCUUGAACAAGCCACCAAGUUCUUACAGGAUGAUUCUAUCCGUGAUGCCGCGACAGAUCGCAAGAUAACCUUCCUAGAGUCAAAGGGCCUACGCUCUGACGAAAUCGACGGUCUUCUUGGUAUCUCGCGCAAUGCGGAGGCCAGCGCCAGCUCUACAACCGAGGAAGCUUCCCCAGAUACCCCCAGUUCCGCUUCGAAGCCAUCUGAAGAACCAACACCAGCUCCUGCACCAGAAGAUCCAUCGCAAAAGCCCUUGGCCUCAUCUCCUUCUUCCUCUUCCUCUCCAGUCUCAUCGCCACCAUCGUCAACUACCACCACAACCUCUACACCGCGCGAUGUACCCCCCAUCAUCACUUACCCAGAGUUCCUCGUCAAACAAUCCAAACCACCGCCCUUGGUAUCGCUCCAGAGCAUUCUCUACACUCUCUACGGUGCAGCCGGAUUGGGGACUACCCUUUACGGCGCCAGCGAAUACUUGAUAAAGCCUAUGAUCUCAGACCUGACAGACGCCCGUCACGACCUAGCUCAAACCGCCAACGACAACCUGAAGAAACUCAACGAGAAACUCGAACAAAAUGUCUCUACGGUCCCUCCACAGCUCACUGCCCAGGCCAAGGCCGAAGCAGCUGGUGGUUCUUCCGAAGACACAGACUCCGUCACCUCCGACCCGACAGAGCUCUUCCACAGAGACGUAGCUACACAGACAUCUGGAGACAUCCCUUCAAACACCCCCACUCCUGGAGCUUCAGACACUGCCUCGGACUCCACAGACCCCGUGGCAACGGUAUCAAGCCACCUGAAACGCCUCGAAGUCAUCAACUCCCACCUCCGCGAAUUCAACGACUCCGAGAACGAAUCCAGCUCCCUCGACAACACCGUCCGAACCCGUCUCAACGAACUACACCACUACUGCGAUAGCUUAAUCUACAGUAAAUCCGGGUUUUCUCCCAUUGGUACAUACGGUUCCUACAGCACCCCAGGCAUGGACAGCGGCAGAGGCUCCGCCACUGGCGUCGGCAAGGGCGAAGAGGAAGCUAUAUCCGGCUUCAAGUCUGAAAUUAGAGGUGUCAAGGGGGCGCUUCUCAGUGCUAGAAACUUUCCUUCUAGUCGUGGGGGUAGAGUGGGGGGUCUCUCUUAUGGGAGGUAGUAUGACUUCUGUUCUGAUGAGAUGAUAUCGAGAAUUAUAUUUUUGCAGGUAUCAAUAACCAGCAUGGCGUUCGGGUAUGAUUUAACUUAUUGAAUAGUUUUAUGUAUUUGCUGUAUUCCGUAUAUAGUUCAGUUCUCGGCUGUUGGCAUAUAUAUAUUCGGAACGAGGGUGACAUUCAAACCCACCCACGUCUGCACCAAAAUGAUUUCUAUUUCUUUCUUUCAAGGAAAAUGACUUGAUUCAAACUAAACUACGAAUGAAUUCACGCUAGGUUAUAUCCGUUACAGUUGUAGUGAUACUCUAAAAGUUCAAGUCAAUUUUCGCCC